AUGGCAGAACAACUAUUGCAAAUUCGAACGUCUACUUCGACUUGUUCUUCAUCAAGAGUUAUGAUCGCUGCCACUGGCGAUGGUAAGGAAUCUCAACCCUCAACCUCCUCCUCCUCCUCCUCCUCCAUACACCUCACUCAAGCAUGCCGUCACUUCCAGAAACGUGCAUUGGAUAAAAGUAUUGAAGAGGGCUUGGCAACAUGGGUUCAAGAUUCUAUCAAAGGGGGGAAGUUAAAGGAUAUAAUUGAUUCAGAUAUAAGAGGUGAAAUAUCCACAAAAUGUUUGAAGGUGUUUGUUCGAAUUGCAAAGAGAUGUUUACUUAGCCAUCCAAAGCAACGCCCUACCAUGGCUGAGGUUGUUUUCAGUCUUGAAUCUGCAUUGACUUUACAAGUCAAAAUCAAUAGUUCCUUGCAGGCUGGUGGCAAAACAAUAUUUGGAAGAAUGUUUGAUAGGUUUCCCUUUUCCUCCAGUUUAGAGAACUCUGCAAAUAUAAAUCCAAGGAGUAGUUUUGGCGAGGGAAGUUCUGGAAAGGUUGACAACAACACUUUGAUCUCUACAAAUCCUGAUGUUAGUAUUAGGAAGCACAAAGAAGAAGGUUUUCAGGGACAUACAGAUACUUCAAGUCUGGGAUCUACAGAAGCAGAAUUUUUCAGUGAAUAUGGUGAAGGGAGUAGGUACAAAUUAUUGGAAGUUAUUGGUAAAGGAAGCUCUGGAAUUGUAUGUUCUGCAUAUGAUACUCAUAUUGGCGAGAAAGUAGCAAUAAAAAAAAUAAAUGAUAUAUUCGAACAUGUUUCUGUUGCUGUUAGCAUCAUUCGUGAGAUUAAGCUUCUUAGGCUCCUUUGUCAUUCAGACAUUGUUGAAAUCAAACACAUCUUAUUACCACCUUCCAGAAGAGAAUUCAAAGAUAUAUAUUUGGUUUUUGAGCUUAUGGGAUCUGAUCUUCAUGAGGUUAUUAAGGGAAACGAUGACUUAACACCAGAACACCAUCAGUUCUUUCUUUAUCAGCUUCUUCGAGGACUGAAAUACAUACACUCAGCAAAUGUCUUUCACAGAGAUCUAAAACCCAAAAAUAUCUUGGCCAAUGCUGAUUGCAAACUUAAGAUCUGUGACUUUGGUCUUUCAAGGGUUGCAUUCAAUCAUCCACCAACUGCAAUAUAUUGGACUGAUUAUGUUGCAGCACGAUGGUAUAGGGCUCCUGAACUGUGUGGAUUAUUCUUUAGCAAGUACACACCUGCUAUAGACAUAUGGAGUAUCGGUUGCAUUUUUGCAGAAAUUUUAACAGGAAAGCCCCUUUUCCCUGGGAAAAAUACUGUUCAUCAGUUGGAUCUAAUGACUGAUCUUUUAGGAACACCAUCACCUGAAACUAUAUCCAAGAUAGGAAAUGAAAAGGCAAGGAGAUACUUGAGCUGCAUGAGGAAGAAAAACGGGAUUCCUUUUUCACACAAGUUCCCAAAUAAAGAUCCUCUUGCUCUUCGUUUAUUAGAAAGAAUGCUUGCGUUUGAGCAUAAGGAUAGGCCUACUACUGAGGAGGCUCUUUCAGAUCCAUACUUUAAGAAUAUAGCUAAGACUGAGAAGGAGCCUUCUGCUCAGCCCAUUUCAAAGUUGGAAUUUGAGUUUGAAAGAAGAAAAUAUACGGAAGAAGAUGUACGUGAACUGAUUUAUAGGGAGAUUCUUGAAUACCAUCCCAAUAUGUUGAAAGAGUACUUGGAUGGAGCUCAACAAAUUGGCUUCAACUAUCCAAGUGCUGUUAAGCAAUUUAAGAAGCAGUUUGCUUACCUUGAGGAGCAUUAUGGUAACAGUACAGUUGCUGAUACUGUAGAGAGGCCACGAGCUUCAUCAUUGCCAAGGGCUUGCAUAUUACAUCCAGAAUAGACAGUAAAAAAACAGUAGAAGUUACAAAAGAUCUCCCCCAAUAUUCAAUCAAUGAAGCGGAGAAUCAGUAGAUGACAAUAACUAGACAUCCUCUUCAAGUUCCUCAAAGUGCCAAAUGGUUUAUUGAUGAUUCAGUAAAAAUGAUCAUUAUAUUCGGGGUUUUCUUCUUUCCACAUAUACUUGAGCUAAAAAAUAUUCAUUGUUUCAAAUUAUGAUGGCAAAAAGUUAUGGCUGUAGCAGUGUAAAUAAUCCUUGUAAAAAUGAGCUUUUAGAACUCUUAAUUAUACUAGGAAUCAUGCUGUAAUUGAAAAACAACGGAA